UCCCAUCCCGGAAGUGACACCCUCAUUGACAACCAUAGUCAGUGGUUGACGACGGGGCCUGAAGCUGUGUGACAACAACGGCUUUUGGACUGUCAUAUGUUGGCUUUCAAAACAUAAUUCGACCUUGUUUGGAUUCAUAUUUAAGACAGGUCAGACAAAUGAAGUGACAAGCAGGAUAUGUCCUCGUUCCAGGUGGUGGGCUCUUCACCCACCAGUGGCAUUGGUGUCAUGGAAACAUCAAACUUUGCUCAUGUUAUCUUCCAGAACGUUAGGAAGAGCUUCCUGCCCCAGGAGGCACUGGAGUGUCGCUACACCCUCACCUCCUACAUCACCCCCAACCCCAAAGACUGGGUGGGCAUCUUUAAGGUGGGUUGGAACACAGCGAGGGAUUACUACACCUUCCUGUGGUCUCCUAUGCCGGAAAACUACCAACCUGGAAGCACUGUACACAGGGCUGUGGUGUUCCAAGGGCACUAUGUUCCCAAGAGUGACGGGGAGUUCUAUCAGCUCUGUUACGUCACGCACAUGGGUGACAUCAGAGGCGCCAGCACGCCUUUCCUGUUUCGCCCAGCCACGCCCACUGAGGACUGUCUCACCGUUACCGAGGACGACAACAACUCAGACAUACUGGUGGUGACCACCAAGAGCAGUGUGCUGGAGCAGCGUGUAGAGGAGGCGCAGCAGGAGCGCAGGGAGCUGUUGAAGAGAUUACAUCACCUUCAGAAGGAGAAACAGCAGCUGCAGGAGGAGCACAGGAGGCUGCACAGAGAGAGGGAGCAGGAGAGGGAGACCUGCUACCUUCUACGCACGCACAACCAGGAGCUGCUGCGCUCCUCCCAGGGCCUGUCUGAGGAGAGGGAGGAGGUGAGGAGGAGGUUGCAGGAGGCCACAGACCGGGUCAGACAGGUGGAGGAGGACCUACUGGGAGUCACACAGAGAGGACUGCAGAAAGAGACCGAACUGGACUGUCUGAGAGACAGGUUGAAGAAGCUGACAGCAGAAAGAGACAGUCUGGAGACUCAACUGAAGAACGACAAGGACGAGAGGGACCUCUACAAGGGCCACCUGCGCAGCACGGAGCUGGAGAACACUAAGCUGAGUGCAGAGCUGCAGAUGCUGAAGGCUGUGGAGCUCAACAGAGAGGUGACCAUCACUCAGUUCCAGGAAGAACUGGACAGGCUCCGAGCCUGCGUCACUCAGAAGGACCGCGUGGAGAAAGAGCUGCACACACACGCUGUCGACAAGGCUGAGAUGGGUCGUCUGAAGGAGCAGCUUCGCCAGUGUGAGGAGCAGCUCCAGGCGUCUCGCCAGCAGGCCGCCAUGUUGGCGUCGGAACUCCGUGACUCAGCGAACGCCCGCGAUCGCACCAUGACUGAGCUGUACCGCGCCCGCCUAGAGGCCGACUCCCUCCGUGCCAGCCUGGCCGAUGCCCAGGCCGAAUGCCGGAGGAUGGAGACACAGCUGGACCACAUGAGGACCACCUCCCAGCAGGAAGUGGGUGUGGGGACCUCCAGUGAGGGGGGGUGUGUGGUGUCUGAGGCAGAGGCUGAGCUACAGAGAGAAGUGGAGGAGCUGAAGCUGCGUCUCCACAUGGCCGCUGAGCACUACAAGGAGAAGUACAGGGAGUGUCAGCGGCUCCGUAGGCAGGUGGCCAAGAUCAGCGAGGCCCAGGGGGAGUCAAAGAGAAACGCUGCCACUGAGACGACACAGGAGCCACUGACACCCAGUCCAGAGUCACCCACAAGUUGGGUGGAGAAGGAGAGGAAGAGUGCUGAAGAGGUGGAUGAGAGGAGUGUGGAGGAUGAGGGGAAGAGUGCGGAGGAGGUAGAGAAAGAACAGACUCGUUCGGUGGAGGAGGAGCUGGCGAGGAUGGAGGAGAAGUGGGCGGAGCAGUGUGCUAUCAACGAGUCGCUUAAGCAGAGACUGGCCAAUGAGGAGGAGCGAUUCAGGAUCCAGAUGGUAGAGAGGACCAUGGAGGUGACAGAGCUGAAGGAGAGUCUGGCUCAGGCCCUCAGAGAGAAGAGUCAACUCAAGGAGGAGCUGCAGCAGUGUCAGGGCCGACAGAGGGAGCAGGAGGCUGAUGGUCAGGUGUCAGAGGUCAAACAGCCUGUGUUGCUGCGCUACCCACUUCCCUACCCCCAGGACCCCUCCCCACCCCCCCUGGUACCCCAGAGACCUGCAGAGCUGCAGUACGGGAACCCCUACUCCACCGACAACACUCGAGACGGGGCAGACGGCGCCCUGGCCCCAGAGCAGAUGCUUCGCCCCCCUCCUGAGGCCCCUCCGUCCACCUCCCCGACCCCGUGUGCAGGUGCAGGCUGGGAGAGAGAUGUGGUCUGCAUCCAGCCCUCCUCCUCACGAAGCAUGAGCCCCCCUGACGGACUGGAACACUCCCCCGAGGAGCCACGCAAUGUCGGUGAUGGGGAGCAGCCUGCCUGCAAUCAUCAGACCAGCAGCGGACUUACCGCCAACAGGGGCAGCUUCUGUUUCGACCCCAGCUUUGAGCAGCACGUGGAGAGCCACUGGAAGGUGUGUCCCGUGUGCUCUGAGCAGUUCCCCCUCUACUGCCAUCAGCAGCUCUUCCAGAAGCACAUGCUCACACACUUUGACGGCCAUGUGCUAAACUUCGCCAACAUGGAGUAGCAGGGCAGAUGGGGGAGUGUGUGUGAAAGGGAAGGUUUGGAUUAAGGGAUGUAAAGAAGGAUAAAGAAACCUUUACUCAAAUGGGGGUCGAGAUGAUUUCAUUUAAGAAGGGAGAUUCCAAAUCAAGAUGAAAGAAAUCAUUGGGGGUAAAUUGCACUUUGUUGUAAAUUGAAAUGGAAUUAACUCCAGCCUUGGCCUCACACACUUCCACGAGAACAUGCUACAUUUAAAAACAUCAAGGAGUGUGUGUAUGACUUUCUACAAGGGGGAGUUUGUCAGUUUAGGGAAAUUACAACAACAAAAAAUGUUUUGCGUGAGGUUUCAGAGCCUUGGAGCUCUUUGGUUUUGUCCCAUGUUGAUGAUAUCAUCACUGGAUGUGUUUAGUAUCUGUAGGAUUCAUCUGUGUUAAUCAGCCAGUCAAUAGUACCUACUUUACAAGACUUCAUUUUCAGUUUCUACUCCCAGUGACUCUGUAGCCACAUGUAGAAACAGGUGACAUCCAGGAGCACGUUGCCCCUAGACACUAAUGCUCAGUUUUGCAUUUCCCCUCUAAUGGUUAAGGUUAGGAUUUGGUUUACCUGAACCUAGAUCUGUGGAAACUUCUACCGUGGAGAGGGAGGAGAUAUGUGGUCUUGAAGGACCUCCAGCCCAAUGUAAUGUAAAGUAUGAGUCAAACUCUUUGUCAGCAAAAUACAUCAGACGGUUCAAAAUAAUUAGUACUAUUGUUUGAAUUUGACUGCACUAAAAAUACUUUAUUAUUCUGAAUGUAUGUGUGUGUGUGUAUAUAACUGGGUGGUUCAAGCCCUGAAUGCUGAUUGGCUGACAGCUGUGCUAUAUUAGACCGUAUACCACAGGUAUGGCAAAACAACUAUUUUUACUGCUCUACUU